UGUCUUGCAGAGGCUUCCUGAGUGACGCUUUCCAUAGAGGAGGCCCCACUGGCUCCAGCACCCGCCUCAUGAAGGGCGAGAUCACCUUUUCCCAGUGGGUGCCGCUCAUGGAAGACAACUGCAGGAAGAUGGCCCAGGACACCGGCGUCAGCCUCCCUGCAGACUUCUCCGUCAGCGAAAUCUUUGGCAAGGCGGUGCCCGCACGGAGGAGCAACCUGCCCAUGCUCCAGGCGGCCCUGGCUCUCCGGAGGAAGGGACUCGCCACCUGCGUCCUCACCAACAACUGGGUGGAUGACAGCGUGCACAGAGGCAGCCUGGCCCAGCUGAUGUGCGAGCUGAGGCCGCACUUCGACUUCGUGAUCGAGUCCUGUCGGGUCGGGAUGGCCAAGCCCGAAGCGCAGAUCUACCAGCUCGUGCUGGACACCUUGAAGGCCAGCCCCGGGGAGGUUGUUUUCCUGGACGACCUUGGGGCUAAUCUGAAGCCGGCCCGCGACAUGGGAAUGGUCACCAUCCUCACACGCGACACCCAGGCGGCCCUGCGGGAGCUGGAGAAAGUGACCGGGAUGCAGCUUCUCCACACCCCAGCCCCCUGGCUCACCCCCUGCAGCCCAAGUGACCUGAGUCACGGAUAUGUGCCGAUAAAGCCCGGGGUGUGCCUGCAUUUCGUGGAGCUGGGUUCCGGGCCUGCCGUGUGCCUGUGCCACGGGUUUCCCGAGAGCUGGUUCUCGUGGCGGCACCAGAUCCCUGCGCUGGCCCAGGCGGGCUUCCGGGUCCUCGCCGUGGACAUGAAGGGCUACGGAGAGUCGUCGGCGCCUCCAGGUGGGUCGGCUGCCUGUUUGCGUGUUCUCUCUUAGGAUAUGGUCACCUUCCUGGACAGGCUGGGCAUCCCCCAGGCGGUGUUCAUCGGCCACGACUGGGGCGGCAUGCUGGUGUGGAACAUGGCGCUCUUCUACCCCGAGCGAGUGAGGGCAGUGGCCAGUCUGAACACGCCCUUCAUUCCCGCGAGCCCCCAGGUGCCCAUGAUGGAGGCCAUCAAAGCCAACCCCGUGUUCGAUUACCAGCUCUACUUCCAGGAGCCUGGGGUGGCGGAGGCAGAACUGGAACAGGACCUCAGUCGGACUUUCAAGAGCUUCUUCAGAGCGGGUGAUGAGGGUUUUCUCAGUGUGCACAAUGUCCGAGAGAUGGACCGUGUGAGGCAGGCAGGGGCAGAGAGCGCGAGUCUCGGGGAGGCAGACAGCAGUAAAGAGGGAGUGACAGUGGGGCCCCCAGUGCUGGGCAGCGAUGAGCGGGGUCCUGCCCAGCAGGGGCAGCGGAUCACUGGUCCCUUGGCUACAUGUCGGGACUUCUGCAUCGCCCCGGCUCCUGCACGCCGCAGCUUCCCGAGCCUGAAAGAGGGGAGCCAGCCCUGUCCGGGGCCGGCACUCCCAGCCCUGGCGACCCCUAUCCUGGUCCCGGCCCUGAUGGUCACCGCAGAGAAGGACCCGGUGCUGGUGCCUGAGAUGUCCAAGCACAUGGAGGACUGGAUCCCCCACCUGAAAAGGGGACACAUUGAGGACUGCGGACACUGGACACAGAUGGACAAGCCCGCCGAGUUGAAUCGGAUCCUCAUCGAGUGGCUGGAGGCUGAAGCCAGGGACCCGCCGGUGGCCUCGAAGCUUUAGAGGGGCUUGUGCAACCCCGGCUGACACCCUGACAUCGUCCUCUGCCUGCACGCUGUCCCAGAGGGGGCCUCCCGCCUCCCCCGUACCCAGUGUUGGGCUGAAGGAGUUUGCAAAGAAAGUGAUUGACUUUUAAUGGAAUAACCUGAAGGGACACAGUUUUAGAUCCCUAACUUCCAGAUUGAGAAAACUCACGCGUGAACAAUUCUCUGGUUGUAAAUGCCUGCCCCGAAGCGUCGGUGACUUGGAGGGGGUAGGCAGAGUGGGCCUGUAGCUGAUGGGUUUAUAAUUCUGUCGCAAAUUCAGCAUUACUGCGGGAGCAUUUCAGCAGAGACCAGACACCUCGGGUCAAUAAAGCUAAUCAACUGUG